AUGGCAUAUAACUUCAGGAGGGAGCGGGACCAGGCCUCGACCAUCGUGGGCACUCACCGCCAGUCGUUCUCUCCCAUCCAGUCAACCUCGGCAGAACCAAAGCCAGAGGCCCAUCCAUGCCCCUCCUGCCCUCUGGCCUUCUCCAGUGAGAAAUUCCUCAGCCAACACAUGAAGCACAACCACCCCUCUCAGUCCUCCCCAGAAACACCAGAAAGAAAACAUCUCCAACCAGAGGACCCCCAUCCAGGGGAUCAGAAGCAGCAGCACUGUGAGCAAAGCAACCUGAACGACAAAGCAGAAGGUCAACAGACAGGAGACAGGUCCAAACCCAUGUUUGAAAAUAUAAGGCAAGAGGUGACUUCAAGGGCCUUCUCCAGCCUACCCAAAGGGCAAAUGGUGUGCUCUAGGGAGGGUAACAGAAUGAUGGAGACAGAGCCCAGCCCAGGCCUGAAAGUGAAUCGAGGUACAGGGAAAUUAUUCCUAGGGGUAGAAAGCUCAAGAAUUGCAAUCAGGUGUGGAGAGCGUGGGUGAGGCUUUAGUGUAUAGUCAGGCCUCAUUAUACACCAGAGAGCACACUCACCGGAGAAGCCCUAUGUCUGCAGGGAGGGUAGGAGAGGCUUUGGUGAUAAGUCAAGCUUCAUUAAACACCAGAGGGCACACUCAGGGGAGAAGUCCUAUGUCUGCAAGGAGAGUGGGCGAGGCUUUAGUGCUAAGUCAAACCUCAUUAGACCCAGGAGAAAGAAAUGCAGACACGACACAACUCCACAUCCCCAGCUCUGAGGGGCUUCAGAGCAAGUCUGCUGACCACUUACACUCCCCAAGAGUGUAAGGAGAGCAGAAGUAAUUGAGUAAACAGAUAAUCCGCUUUUGUGUCAAGGGAUAAGGAAGAAAAGCUUGGAGGGUCCCUGAAGUA